AUGGCGUCUGGUCGCACCAUCGCCAACAUUGAUCUCAAGGAAGAUCUGGAGGCGGCCCUUGCUCUGAUUGCCCAACUCCGAUCCGAGAAAGACGAACUCUUCGUCCAAAAUCAAGACCUGAAUCUGCGCAGGCGCGAAGCUGAGGAGGAAGCCCAACGGUUGCGUGCCCAACUCCAGGGGGAUGCUGGCGUUCGACUUGAAGAGGUUCGGCGUCAACUCAACCUCGCCGACGCCGAGCUCUUCCAGAAACAACAACAGUUUCAAAAUCUCGUUGGGACAACUGCUGACAUGGAGACCCUACGUGCAGCAUACGUGGAGUUGCAGCAGGAGUUGGAACAACGCGCUAUUGCCCACGAACGCGAGCUGCAACGCAUUGAAGCCGCACACAUUGAGGAGCUUCGCACUUUUGAAGACCGCGUCCUUGAGCGCGAGGUGGGCGCUCUUGUCCCGCUACCCAAUCACGUUAAAGUUCGCGCUAGACUAACCACCCAAGCUUGCUCGUCUAAUCCCGGUCUUUGUUUGCCCAACCAGCGAGAACUAGAUGCCGAGCGUCGUCAAAAAGUCGAGCGGCAGCUUGGGGCUGCCUCUCAGCAUUCAGCCCAAAAGCUACUGGAGUUGCAAGGCCUCUUGGAAGACGAGCGCACUCACCGCCAAGAGCUUCAGACGCAGCUCCACACGGAAAGGCAACGUGUUGCUCGCUUGACCGUGGAAGCAGGCGCACAACGCCAGCAAAUGGACAGCGAGGACGCCACGUUUCAGCACCAGUUGGAUAGUCUCAAGGCGGCCUUGAAGCUGGCUGAAGACGAACAGGCGCGAUUGCGUGAUCAAGUGCUUGCUGCAGACGAGGCAGCAGCAGCGCAGACGGUUCAACAUGGGGAGCAGUUACGCGUCCUUCGUCGCGACCUCGGCAAUGCUCGCAGCAGCAUUCGCAAGCUGGAGCGCGAACGCGGUGACUUGGAACUAGCCCACCAAGAACGCUUGCGACGGCUCGAGGCCGCAUUGAAGGACUCUGAGGCCUACGCGACAGAGCUGGAGAGAAGCUUGCAAAACAAAACGACGGAAGCCAAGCAAGAGUUAUACGAGCUCCAGCAUUCCUUGUUCGUGCAAAUGCAGACGCUUCAAGCCGAAAAAGCUCGCCUGGAGGACCAAUGUAGCACUUUGUCUCGUGCGGCAACUGAGCAGCGUGAUGCCAGCGCAGAGGCAGCCCAGGCGCACCAAACGGCUUUGAGCAAGGCAAAGGAUGCCCAGCAGGCGGCCCAACGACGUGUGACCGCGCUCGAGCAGGAAAAGGUCCUUCUUGAAAAACGUGCCGCAAAGGCUGAGCACGCCGAGCAGGAGCUGACGCAUGCUCGCGAAGCAGUGGCUAGUUUGGACUCCCGCUUCGAGCGAUUGCGCGAGCAGCAUCAGCAACUUCAGCGUGACCACGGAGUUUUGCAAACACAUUUUGAAGCCACUAAGCGUCAGCUGGCGGAGCUACAGGAUGCACGCAAACAGCAUGUUGAUGAAUUGGCAGGGGCUGAGUCUCGCUACGAGGCAGCCCAAGCACAGCAUCAGCAUCGUGAAAGCGAGCUGCAAGCCGCCAUUGCUGAGCUUGAAGUCCGCUUCAACAAGCUCAGUGAAACUGCAACCGCAUCAAAGUUCAAAGCCUCGAGCCGGCGGCGUGACUUGGAGAAUCAGCUGGCCAGCUUGCAGCAGCAGCUCGAAGAAUUGCAAAUGGCAAAGGAAAACGUGGUCCAGGAGGCCGCAGAAUGGCAGGCAAAGCAUGACGCUCUUCAGGCACGUGUUGGGAAGUUUGGCGUGGCUCUUGAAGAGGAGCGUCGCCGCAAGGGGGCCGAGCUUCUACGAGGCCCCCAUGGCAUUCCCGUGCGCCAUAUGCGCGCUGUUCAAGAACACCAUGCCUAUGAUCAGGAGCUUGCUGUUCCUCUGACCGAUAUUUAUCAACGCAUCUCAACCUUUGACGAGCACCAAGGCGCUGUCCCUCCUCGCGUCAACCUCGUCACACAGCCACGCCGAUGA